CAGUUUGACCACAGUAUGCCACUAUUGCGGCUUCAAGCCAAACCACUUACCUAUUCCACCAUUGCGAUUGUUGUUGCCUGCUGUCCUGCACCUGCUUACUGCCACUACCAUCUCAAUGCCUCCAUCACUGUGGUACAAUGUGAUCUUUACAGUCUAGUUCUGCUUUGUUUUCUAGCUGGUUUAUCUUUCUUUUACCCUGAUGCAGCUCCUGAGGUGGUUGAAAAGCCUGGUGACAGUUCGUUAUCAAAGUUGAAAGCUUUGUAUACUCAUGCAAAAGACCUGUCAGAGAGUGAAGUAAACUUUUCCACCUUGUUGAUAGGUCAACUUGAUACUCUUCUGCCUUCUGGACCUUCAGGGCAACAACGAAGAAGGAUAGAAGGCAACGAUCAGAAAAGGAGAAAAAUGAAGACCGAUUCAGAUAUUUCAAGGAUUUCCCCUAAUGUGCGAAGCCAACUUGAGGCUUGGGCUAGUUUAAAGGGUGAACAGGUAUACAUGUACUCUGAUAUAGCAGCAAGAGUCACACCAGAUGAGUCUGAAGACGAUGAGUGGUUUGUUGUAAAAGUUAUUCAUUUUGAUAAGGAGACAAAAGAAUUUGAAGUACUAGAUGAGGAACAGGGUGAUGAUGAUGAGGGUGAUGGCCAACGAAAGUACAAGCUGCCCGUGUCGAAAAUUAUUCCUUUCCCCAAGAGAAAUGACCCUUCUACUGCCCAGGAUUUCCCUCCUGGAAGACAAGUGUUGGCUGUCUAUCCAGGAACAACUGCACUUUAUAAGGCAACUGUUGUCAAUAACGACCGCAAGAGGAAGACGGAUGAGUAUUCACUCGAAUUCGACGAUGACGAGGAAGAUGGAUCCUUGCCUCAAAGGAGUGUACCAUUCCACAAGGUGGUUCCUCUGCCUGAAGGACAUCGUCAAUGAAUUCAUGCUGUUUAUAGCCGUAUAUAAUUCUAAAAGCUCUUAUAUAUAUGAUUGUUAACCUGACCCUUAACAUGCCUGCCCUAUGUGGCUGGCUAUGUUUCUCCUUUGACCAAUUUGAGAUGAUAUUGUAAUAUCUUCCUUUCUCGCGUUAUGUAGCAUAUUUACCUCUCUCUCUCUCUCUCUCUCUCUCUCUCUCUGUAACUUGGUAGGCUAGAUUGGAGGAUUUUGGAGAAAAACUAUCCAUAAUUAAUGUUUCCUCCAGAUCGCACCUCAUAAAUAUUGUAGGGAAUGAACUUCCCAUGGUUCGUGUACUUCUGAUUGCUAUGAUCAAAAUUCCAAAUUAUAUGCAAAAUAGUAUCGAAUCAA